CCGGCUGAUCGGAGAGGAGCUCCUGCCUGAGCGGCUCUGACUGAAGUUCGGACUGAACUGGACUCAUCCGGACCGGCUGGGAUGCGCAUGCGGUGCGCGCACGCCGCUCUGUGCGCGGCUCUUCUCUGCGUUCUGGACCCGGGUCUGGUUCUGUGCUUCAACCUGGACACCGCGCAUGUCAUCAGAAAAGACGGAGAUCCGGGCAGUCUGUUCGGGUUUUCUCUGGCCAUGCACCGGCAGCUCAACCCGGAUAAAAGAAUACUGUUGAUCGGUGCACCCAGAGCCAGAGCUUUAGGAAAACAGACAGCGAACAUCACAGGAGGUCUUUAUAGAUGUGAAGUCACCCAGUCUAAUGACUGUGACCGCAUUGAAUUUGAUACUGAAGAGGACAUACGUUCCGAGAACAAGGAGAAUCAGUGGAUGGGGGUGACGGUGCAGAGCCAGGGACCAGGAGGAAAGAUUGUGACGUGUGCUCACCGCUACCAGAGGCGCUUGUUUGCAAACACGCCCCAGGAAUCCAGCGAUAUCAUCGGCCGCUGUUACGUCCUGAGCCAGGAUUUGACCAUCGACACAACGUCUGACGAGGACGGAGGGAACUGGAACUUCUGCGAGGGCAGAGCCAGAGGUCAUCAGAUGUUUGGGUCAUGUCAGCAGGGUCUGGCUGCCACUUUUACCAAGGACUACCAUUAUGUGGUGUUUGGAGCCCCAGGAGCGUACAACUGGAAAGGUAUUGUACGGGUGGAGCAGAAGAACAACACUUUAGUGAAAAUGGAAGUGUAUGAUGAUGGGCCUUAUGAAGUAGGAGAUGAAAAUGUCUUGAACCCAGAGCUUGUGCCUGUACCUGCAAACAGCUACCUCGGAUUCUCACUUGAUUCGGGGCACAGUAUCACCUGGAGGCGUGGCCUAACGGUGGUUGCUGGUGCACCGAGAGCCAAUCACAGUGGAGCUGUGGUCCUGUUGAGGAAAGACAGUGAAACCUCCAAUAGACUCUCUGAAGAGUACAUUCUGUAUGGGCCGGGACUGGGGUCCUCCUUUGGAUACGACGUGGCUGUAGUCGACCUCAAUCAUGACGGGUGGCAGGACAUAGUGGUUGGAGCCCCUCAGUUCUACAUGAAGGACAGGGACAUCGGAGGUGCUGUUUAUGUUUACAUCAACAAGGCUGGACGCUGGGACAAUAUCGUUCCAAUACGUCUCAACGGGACCAAAGGCUCAAUGUUCGGACAGUCAGUGGAGAACAUCGGAGACAUCAAUCAGGACUCAUAUGAAGAUAUCGCCGUUGGAGCGCCUUAUGAUGACGCCGGGGCAGGAAAAGUCUACAUUUAUCAUGGAUCUGCACAAGGAAUCAACACCACUCCUGCACAGAUCCUCACUGGAAAAGAACACAACAUCCAGUUUUUUGGAUAUUCUCUGGCAGGAAACAUGGAUUUGGACACUAAUUCUUACCCAGAUCUGGCUGUGGGCUCUCUGUCAGACACAGCUCUAAUUUACAGGGCACGGCCAGUCAUUAACAUCCACAGGAAUAUCAAAAUACAUCCGCAGGAAAUUGACCUUUCAGUUAAAACCUGUGGUGACAGCAUUUGCCUUACAGUGGAUGCAUGCUUCUCCUACAGAGCCAACCAUGCAUCGUACAGCCAAAGGUUAACUGUCAGUUACUCGGUGGAGGCUGAUGGAGUUCGCAGGAAACUGGGGCAGCCUUCCAGAGUGAUGUUUCUGAAUAAAUCCCGCACUGAAACAGAUUACUACUUCAACGGCACCUUGGACCUGCGUGGACAAAACCAGGAAACAUGCAUUAAGUUAAAAGCCAAGCUAAAGGACAAUAUUAAAGAUAAGCUACGUAGCAUUCCCAUCGAGGUCUCUGCAGAAAUCGUGGGUACGAAGCGUCAGAGGACAAAGAACGGACUUCCUCCUCUCAUGCCCGUGUUAGACUCCUCCCAGCCGAGCAAAGACGUCACUGAGGUCAGCUUUCUAAAAGAAGGAUGUGGAAGUGACCUGGUUUGUCGCAGUAACCUGAAGAUGCAGUACAGAUUAUUCUACAAGCAGAGUAACCAGGACUUGUUCUUCCCAGUACCAGUAAAAAACAACAUCCCUGUGUUUAAUCUGAAUUAUGAGAGGAAGGACUUGGCUCUGCAGGUCACAGUCAACAACAUGAACGGAGACGACGCGUACGAGGCCAAGCUCAACGGGACGUUUCCAGACACUUUGUCAUAUUCUGGAGUUCGCCCACAUCAAACAGUGGUAGAGAAGCAGAUCACCUGUAAUGCCAAUCCGAACGGCUCCCAGGCAGAAUGUGAGCUGGGAAACCCCUUUAAGAGAGACUCAGAGACUACAUUUUACAUCAUCUUGAGCACUGCUGGAAUAACACUUGACACCAAAGAGAUCAGCAUCGACCUGCAGCUCCAAACAACAAGUGUGCAAGAAAACAUGGCCAUCAUUCAAGUGAAGGCUAAAGUGAUGGUUGAAUUGCCUUUGUCAGUCAGUGGACAUGCCAGUUCUAAUACAGUUCAUUUUGGUGGGAUGGUGAAAGGAGAAAGUGCCAUGAAGACAGAAGAAGAAAUUGGAAGUUUGAUUAACUAUCACUUUACAAUAAAUAACUUGUGGAGGUCUCUGAAGCCUUCUGUUCAAGCCUCACUCCAUAUCCAGUGGCCCAAAUCAGAUAAAAAUGGAAAAUGGCUUCUGUACCUGGUGAAGAUAACUGCGAAAGAAGGACCGCAUGACAUCCGCUGCUCUCCAGAGUCUGAGAUCAACCCCCUCAAACAAAUUAAGGAGUCUUCUGCAUCCAGGACAAAGCGAGAAAUCGGAGAAAGAAAAGCUGUCAAAAAAGUAUCAGACCAAAGAAAGAAAGUUUUGUCUUGUGAGAAUGAGCUGAAAUGUGUGGUGUUGAAGUGCCCCCUGCAGGGACUGGACGGUACUACAGUAGAGCUCAGAUCUCGGCUGUGGAACUCCACUUUUCUUGAAGAUUAUACCUCUGUCACACCUUUGGAUAUAAUCGUGAAGGCCUCGCUUGUGCUUCAGACGACGGCUAAAAAUAUGAUCCUGAGAACUCCAGACACUAAUGUGACGGUGACGGUCUACCCACCAAACAUAGUGACUCCAUAUGGAGGCGUCCCCUGGUGGAUCAUACUGGUGGCUGUUCUCGCUGGAAUCUUGAUUUUAGCUUUAUUAGUGUAUCUACUCUGGAAGUGUGGAUUCUUCAAUCGCUCCAAGCAAGAUGACAACGUACCUCGAUACCAUGCUGUGCGGAUCAGGAAAGAGUCUCCAGAGGUUAAUGCUGGGAAAGUCAAACUUGAUGCUUUUGAUAAAAAGCAGUGGAUGACGACUUGGAUCGACAAUGAAAGUUACUCAUGACUGACUUUUUCUCUUUUUACAGACGUGUUUAAACCCACUGUACUUUGUUUUUCAUUCAUUUGUUGAACACAACCCUCAAUAAUUCAUGUCCUUGAACUUUGACACUGUAUAAAUAAUGAAACAUUUUUGUAAGUUUUGUAAAUAGUGAAAAACUUUCGCACACACUGUAUAUUUAUUUUUUUUUUAUAAAGUCUUGCAGCCAAAGAAUUUUUUAAAGUCUUAAUUCUGCCCUGGAGCAGGAGCAGAGGAAGACAAAGUUUGCUGUUUUUAUGGAGAUGUGUGAUGUUAAACCUUACAUCAUGUUAAAAACCUAAGCCUGAGCAGGAAAGGUACAAUCAGCUCCAAAUAAUAUGAAUGUGUAUGUGCACAUUUUUACACUGUGGUUCAUGUUCGCUAUCUUUUAAC